AUGUUCGAGCGUCGUGCAGCAGAUCGCUAUCGUCUCCGGAUGCACCGCGCCCGGACCGUUGCAUUAACUACCGAUGAGAUAGUCGAAGUGCGGGCGGCCCAGCGGACCUUCGAAGGGGCCUAUAUCCGGACCGCGCUCUCCCAGUUCUCCUUUGCUCUCGUCGUCCUCAAAAUCUUCACCCAUGAAUUCUACAGUACGGGCGCGUUGUUUGCGGUCUACGGGGCGGGAGUGCUGAUAAUCGGUCUCUUCCGACGUCAGCAGGGUAACCGGCAGUUUUUCUCCGAGGUCGGAGAAGAUGGCGUCCAUCGUCACAAGUUCAGGACCAGUGGUAAUGCAGUGGUGGUGUUGACAGCGUUGAGUGUUGCUGCCUAUGCCACUCUGAUUGCUUUGACGUUGCGACUCGAUCAGUAG